CCAUCUCAAUCUCAACUACAAAAGACAACCGCAUCUCACGUCACAAAGAGCCGCCAUCACGAUAACAUCGAUAUACCAGUGGUACUUCAUUCAAUGUACAACUAGCACCGCCUUCAUCCACUCCAACGACACCCCUCAACUUGAAUUCGAACCGCGAAUACGAAACCAGCACAAGGCUCGCAAGGCUCACCACUCAUCAUCACCAUUUGCCAUAUCUCAAAAUGUUCAAGGCCUACAAUAACCUCACACCCAAAACUCGGCUGGGCGUCGGCGUCGCAAUCAUCGCAUGGGGCGGCUUAGGGUUGUAUCUAUCUGACAAAGCCGAGGAGAAACUUGGAUUUACGCCAACCGAGGAGGACAAGGCUGAGCUGCGCAACUUGGCGCCCAAAAUCACUACCGUGGACAAGAGUCAGAGGUGAUACGGGAGAGGUGGCAAACUGCAAUUUUCGAGAGCAAACUCUAGAGAUCACACAUAUUCAAGAUCUCGUGUAUACCUAAGUCUGCAACAUCAAGCAUCAACUACAAAACACAGCACAUAUGAUGACAACCAAAGUUGUGAAAAGCCCAGUC